AUGCAACCGCUAGCGCAGGCGACGCCGAGCCUCGUCUGCAAGGCGCUGAACAGCACGGCCGACCUCGCGAAGCACCUCCCAACCAGCGUCGUGCUCGCCUUCGGGGUGCUCUCGCCGUCCUCUACCGCGGACGGCAGCUGCACGGCCGCCAACCGCGCGCUCACCGCCUGCCUCGUCGGAGCCUGUGCACUCUGCUGCUUCCUGCUCUGCUUCUCCAACAGCUACCGCGACGGCACGGGCGCCGUGCGCUACGACUUCGUCACGCCCAGCGGCCGCCUCCGCCUCAUCGACGGCUCCGGCUCGCUGCCGCCGAGGGACAACAGGUACAGGCUCGGCGCGCGCGACGUGCUGCACGGCGCACUGUCGUUCGCGGUGUUCCUGGCCGUGGCCAUGGUGGACCACAACGUGGUGGCGCACUUCUACCCGGUGGAGUCACCGGCGACGAGGUAG